AUGAGCGAAAACGGUAGGCAUUUUGUCGUCGGAUGUCAUUGGAAACAAAACUCGUCGACGGCUGCUAGAAAUAAGAGGGUUCACGGGCGUCUUGAUCCUUGCGUCUGGUUGGACGGUCUCGAAGCGACUGCCCCACUUCCCACAGAUGGCAUCCCAAGGCCCUCAAGAGUACCCCUCCAUGACAUCUUUCCACCUCGUACUUCCAUUUGUGUAUUCUCGUCCACUCCACCUCUCCGCAAAGCCAAUCCUGGGUCAAUCGCCAGCAACAAUCUUGUGCCCUGCCUCUGCCAAUUUCGCAUCAUGGCAUCCACCCUCACUUCUUUGCUCAAAGCUGCCUCAAUUACAGAUCACGAAGAAGUCCUCAAAGCUGCGAAUGCCGUGCUGAAAUCCUCCAAAAAUAACCUCGAUGCCCUACAUACGCGAAUUGUGGCAUUACUGAACCUCGACCGGUAUCAUGACGCCCUUCGAGCUUUCGACGAUGGUGGAGACAAACUGGUAGAGCGAUGUAGAUUAGAGAAGGCAUAUGCGCAUUACAGAGUAGGACAGUUCUCCGAAGCUCAAGAGCUGGGGGCUAGUGGACGGUCGAGGGGGCUGGCGCAUGUGGCAGCGCAAACGGCCUACAAAGCGGAAAGAUUCGAGGAUGCCGCCAGAAUAUAUGAGGAACUGAGUGCUAGCGAGGGUCCGAUUGAAGGAGAGGAGAAUGAUCUCAGAAUAAAUGGCGCUGCAACGGAUGCCCAAUUACAGUGGCAGGGCCAUGGAGACAAGGUUGAAGAGAGCAGAAAGAAACCAAGUAGAGAGGAUUUGGAAGCUUUUGAGACGUCAUAUAAUGCAGCUUGCGGUUGUGUUGCUCGCGGUGAUUUGAACUCGGCAAGCGUACUUCUGAAGCGGGCACGCGAUUUGUGCGAGGCGUUGGAAGAUAUGAGUGAUGAAGCCAAGCAAGAAGAGGUUCUACCAAUCAUGGUUCAACAGGCAUAUGUUUUUACCAAGUUGGGAAAGAUUGAAGAGGCUAAGGCGAUCCAGAAGAUGAUCAAUAUCGCUGAGGUCCCUGAACCGCCAACGAAAGUAAUUGCAACAGUCAACUCACUGGCUUCGUCGAAGACCGAAAACCCCUUCAUGGCAGAGCGCACUCUCGCAUCCGUCCCAACUUUGAAGCCGACAGAAAAGCAUUUUGAACAUCAAGAGAGCAUUCUACAGCGUGACCGAUAUGCAAUUGAUCUCCAGUUGCUUAAAUACUCCGGAGUUGCUUAUUCUACAGCUUCUAUCAUAGCCAAAUCACCUUCUCCAACCAUCUCGCCUUAUGUUAGCAGCCUCGGUGCCAUCAAUGCUGCAGCGAAUGCAAAAUGUGAGGCUGGAAAGGCUGGUUUAAAGCAAAUUCUUCCUUUACUGGAGAAACGGCCGAAUGAUGUCGGUUUAAUUUUAGUCAUCAUACAACUUUACAUUCUCACAAACAACCCAUCACAGGCUACUACGCUUCUGGAAGCCUUCUUCAAACGCUUAGAAGAAUCUCAAAAUUCUGCAGAUCAGGACGUGCGCUUUGCGCCUGGCUUAGUAGGUCUUGUUGUGUCCCUGUACCGAUCUACAGGUCGCAAGGGUCCAAUCAAAAAGGAGCUAGGAAAAGCAGCAUCUUACUGGCGGCGGAAAGAAAAUUCCUCACCAGCGUUGUUGCGUGCGGCAGGAACAUCACUGCUUGAAUCCUCAAAUCCGGAAGAUCUGGAAGCUGCCGGGGAAAUCUUCUCUUCUCUACGAGCGAAAGAUCCCAAUGACCGUGCUGCAGUUGCUGGGUUUGUUGCAUCGUAUGCAACCACUGACUUGGACAAAGCAGCUUCAGACUUGGAGAAGCUGACACCUGUUUCCCGUUUGAUUUCCGGAGUCGACGCUGCAUCCCUCGAAGAUGAAGGUGUACCAACCCUACCACUCGCAUCAUCCCAAGUGGCAAGCAAAAAGAGACAAGCUGAUUCAGCAGAAAAAGAGAAGGAGAAGCCAGCCAAAACGCGUAAGAUCAGCAAGAGCAAAAUGCCAAAAGAAUUUGUAGAGGGCAAGCAAAUGGAUCCAGAAAGAUGGCUUCCAUUAAGAGAUCGAAGUUCAUACAGGCCAAAGGGAAAGAAGGGCAAGAAGAAAGCGGCAGAUCUGACACAAGGUGGUGUUGUAAAGGAGGAGCCUGAGAGCCUAGAACUUGCUGGCGGGGCAGGUACUGUCAAAGUUGAGAAGUCCGUUCCAGGAAAGUCGAAGAAUAAGAAAAAGGGGAAGAAGUAG